AUGGAGUCCCUGCCGCCCACAGUGGACCCUGACAAGUCCGUCUUCUCCGUCCGCACGGAACGCCGCCGCGUGCAGCUGCCUGUGCCUGCGGAGGAUGUGCCCGCUCAUUCUCAUGCUGCGCCGGUCUCCAAUCACCGCACUUCCCCGCCGCUUGACCAUGCGUACCAGCCUGUGCCUCCGUUUGCACCCUUUCCCGACCCUUCGUGGUCCGAUGCCCAGCUGUCGACUUGGCUCGCACGCUUGGACCACCGAGUGAUUGUCCGCCUGCGCUACUGCCAGCAACUCUGCCCCAACCUCUGCGGGAAUUUCUGUGGUCGCCCCAUGCUGAAUCGCCCUCGCCCUCACCGAGACCAUUUCUGUGGCGCUUGCCAUGCCGCCCGACGGGCUGCCGAAGCUUUCAAUCCGCAUUGGGACAUGCCUGGCGUCAUCCGCCACCACCCUCGACGCCGUCAAGGUGGACGCUACCAUGGUGCACCGCUGCUGCCAACGCCGGCGCCCGGCCCGGAUGCUUCUGAGCCGUCCCCUGAGCCACCGGCCUGA